CAGUUCAGUGCAGAGUAAAGGAACAGACAUAUGUCUGCUAUAACCCUAAAUAAGGUUACCAAAGAAAGAAUCUAAUUGAAGUUAUUAUAGCAUAGUUUUAUUAAAACGAACUAGUUCUUUAUAAUAUGGAAAACUGAUUGUGUAAGAACAAUUUAAAGUUUGUCGUUUUGAUUAGAAAAUUAAGUGCAGGUGGCCAAAAACACAUAGAUUCUUUGUCUUUUGCAACAAAUAUAUAUAUAAAAAAAAGAAAGAAAAACAAUGGAUUGUAAAGUGUCCAUUGACUUGAACGAAGCAAAACAGAGUUUUGUCAAACUAAUGCAAUCGAUAAGCAAAACUGAUCAUCACAAGUUUUUAGCAUUUAUUGCAAAAGAAUGGAAACCAGAGUCUGUACUUGGAGUUCCAAGUGAUACAGGAAAUGACACAAAAGAUGUGAGAAGUGACACAAGAGACUCUGUUUGGAGAGAGGAUUAUGUUAGAGAGGAUUCAUUUCAAAUGUUAGAUUCUAUUGUUUAUUAUAUUAAACAGAAAGUUCCAUUCAGUGGCAUAUUGUCUUCUGAAAAUAUUAUAACACCUUCUACAGGAGAGAAUUCAGACUGUGAUCUCAAUAGAACAUUACAUGUUGAUGAGUUCCUUUACCCGGAUGAGGACAUAGACAAACUUGUAGACAAUGAUCAGUUACAAACACACUAUUGUCUUGACUGUGGAUCUAAAAAUAUACGUCCGCUGAUUUUUAUUUCUCACUCAAUGUGUCUCGACGGAUUGCUUUAUAUAUUUAACACACUAUUGAAUACAUCUUUGAGGAACAAAACUAUACUCGAUAUAGGAUCCAGAAUAGGUGCGGUUCUUUACGGGGCGUACGUCUUCACAAAUGCUGAGAAAAUUAUUGGCGUCGAGAUGAACGAGGAAUUGUGCAAUCUACAAAACGAUGUCAUUCGCAAAUUUAAAAUGAACGACCGUGUAUCUGUUGUACAUAAAAGAAUAGAACAAGUUCCAGAUAUAGUCAAGCAAAGUGACGUUAUUAUCAUUAACAACGCGUUUGAAUUUUAUUUACCCGACAGUGUGCAAAUAGAUAUAUGGAAGUAUCUAAUAGCUACUGUAAAAUCAGGAACGCUGCUUGUUACUCGUCCAUCCGUUGAAACAGUUUUCAAGACUCUGAACAUGGACAUUUCGAUAGAACAAUGGCUGAAACCUUUUAAAAACUCGGAUUUUGACAAUUGCGCGUUCUUGUCGAAACACAAGGACAACGUCUCCGAAAUUAUAUGUUACGAAGUUCUUUGAGAAAAAAUAAACAAAAUACCGAACGAAGUUUUUUAAACACUCACACGGAGUGUAGUUUAUCUUUGGUAAUUAUGCAGUUAUACGGACUAUUUUCCGAUCUCAACAAUUUUGACAUAUGUU